UGCAACACUCAUCCGGAAUCGAUUAACCGCCAAAUCUCAAAGUUCAUGUUCACACGCUUCUGUGAGAAUAAGUAAAGCGGAAGAUGAACGGGCAAAGCGAAUACUCAUCAUAUAAGGCUCGUUUCUGGAAUAAGGUGUCAGUUGGAAAGUGCGAGCUCUCGUACAAAGAACGAGAAACGGAACGUCUUGAUCUAAAGCUAUCGAUAUGAAAUUGCGUUCUCUCUUCCUCCUCACUAUCCUCCUUUCCGGUGAGUUUCACGAGUUUCAUUUCCUCCUCUUCCACAGACAACGAGGUGUUCGAGUUCAGAUGCUCCCAGGGAUUGUUGUUCGAUGUUUCCAGGCAGGUGUGCGAUUUCAAAGCGAACGUCAACAACUGCGACGUGAUGUCAGGUACGAUUUUCGACUAGAAAAAAAAGAGAAAGAAAGAAAGAAAGAAAAUGGACAGACAGGGGAAUAGAAAAGAAAAGGAUAUUACGUGUGUGCAAUCACCGGAUCGUGAUUUGGAACUUUUUAAGCGUUUUACAGAGACGCGACCGCCCAGACCGCUUCUCGAGCACGGUGAUUGCAAUGAGAAACAUUUGGCUUGCGGCGACGGUACCUGUUUCCCGGCCGCAUACUUUUGCGACGGAAGUGUCGACUGUCCCGAUGGCUCCGACGAAGGUGGCUGGUGCGAUAUUCGAAACGAUCCGAGCGGGGCGUUACCUUGCGAUCCGAAGGAGUGCCAUUUACCGAAUUGCUGGUGUUCCAAGGACGGGACGACGAUUCCUGGUAAUUUGACGGUGUCGACGGUGCCCCAGAUGAUAUCCGUCACCUUCGACGAUGCAGUGAACGCGGAAAAUUUCCAACUUUUCUCCAAAAUUUUCUCAAACGAUAGGAAAAAUCCAAACGGUUGCCCCGUUCGGGGAACUUUCUACGUCAGUCAUCAGUACACGAAUUACAGAGACGUUCAAUAUCUGUGGAACAUGGGGCACGAAAUCGCCGCCCAUUCCGUCACGCAUAGAGGGCCGGAAGAAUGGUGGUCGAGGAAUGCUACCAUCGAGGAUUGGUUCGACGAAAUGGUUGGCUUGGCGAAUAUUAUUAACAAAUAUGCUGCGGUUCGUUUAGAGGACAUUAAAGGUUUAAGAGCGCCCUUUUUACGAAUCGGAUGGAAUCGACAGUUUCUAAUGAUGUCUGAAUUUGGAUUUGUAUACGAUUCGUCCAUAUUGGCUCCAUUUUCCGAUGUGCCAGUGUGGCCUUAUACACUGGACUAUAAACCACCGUACAGUUGCGUAGAUCUGGAACAAUUUUGCCCAACUCGUGCGUAUCCAGGUUUAUGGGAACUUCCGUUAAAUCAACUUUUAGCAGGCCAAUACACUUGCACGAGGAUGGAUUCGUGUCCUUCGGAUUUAUCGGGUGAAGAGAUAUAUAAAAUAUUGAUGCUGAAUUUUAAAAGGCAUUAUCUUAGUAAUCGUGCGCCUCUAGGCUUGCAUUUACACGCAUCAUGGUUUCAAAAUCCAUCGUAUUUUUACGCGUUUACGAAAUUCAUGGACGACGUGUUACGAUUAAGCGACGUCUAUUUCGUAACGAGUUAUCAGGUAAUCGAAUGGAUGCGUAAACCAACAUCUUUAAAUGGAAUCGAAACAUUCAAGCCUUGGAAAUGCAAUUUGCGUAAAUUCCAUCCGUUUGAAUUGGCUUGCGAUUUGCCGAGCAGUUGUAAAUUACCGAGUAAAGUUCUUAAAUCGUAUCGUUAUCUACAUACGUGUUUCGAGUGUCCUAAAGAGUAUCCUUGGUUGAGAAAUGAAUUUGGAAUGGAAUGAUGCGAUUUCGCACGAAAAUCUGCGUUAAUAUAACACGCAAAAUGAAAAC